UUCAAGUCAGCUGUCAGAACGACAACAGUCAACAACACACAUCGAUUACAUAAAAAUGGUAUAAAAUUGCAAAAUAUUUAUGUUUAUUUGAUAAAUAAACUGUCAAUUAUCACAAUUAUUUUUAAUUUCUUGUUUCGACAAUCGUUCCAUAAAAAUUGCAACAAAUGCAAUGCCACCAAAACACACCUUCAACCGUAAAUUCUACCACAAGACGAGCUCGAUUAUUUUAGCCGGCCUCGGCGUGGCGGCUGUUGGCUUUGCUGGAAAACAUUUGAUGCGACGCAUGCCACAGAUGACAACGAAAUUCAAUGAGGCCCUCAAGAAUCUGCCGAAAUUCGAUGCGGAGAGCAUGGCUAAUGCCAAGUACUAUAAGGGCGGCUUUGAUCCCAAAAUGAACAAACGCGAAGCCGCUCUUAUUCUUGGUGUCAGUCCCAGUGCUCCAAAGCUCAAGAUCAAGGAUGCGCAUAAGAAAAUCAUGUUGCUCAAUCAUCCGGAUCGUGGUGGCUCUCCAUAUUUGGCGGCCAAGAUAAAUGAGGCCAAAGACUUUCUGGAUAAUGCUAAAUAGAGAAUCAACUCGUUGUAAAUAAACUAUUGAAACACGAAAAAUGAUUUAAUUAUCAGCAUGUCUACGUAUGAGCAUUUUGACCGUCGUGGGACUCUCUAGCUCAACCCAACGAAGGUUUGGCCUCUUCCAAUCAUCUCCUUUCGCCGGGUAGACUCCAUUUAAAUGGCUGUGUAAAAAACAGAUGUAUCAGCAUAAUCAAUCAAUUAUAUAUAUUGUAAUUUUUACCAAUCUGUA